AGAGGAGACUCAGUUUCUGAGGUUCCUUUCUUCAACAUCGAAACCCUUCAUUGAAAUUCCCCUCACAGAGGGGUCCGCAGGGGCCACGGCUAUGACGGGCCAAAUGAAGAAAUCAAACAAGAGCCCUUCACAAGUCCCUCACAUUCCACACGCACACACACACACACACACACAUGUUGGGUUUCCAUGUUUUAUGGAAAUAGACGCAUAGACGCAAUGGUUUUUAUACUGUACCAACUGUAUAUCAUAUUCCCUACCCCUAACCCUAACAAUCACACACAACUGUCUGCUCUUUUACAUUUUCACAGAAGUUCAUUCUGUAUGAUUUAUAAGCUUGUUUCCUCAUUUUGGAUAUUCCCAUCUUUGUGGGGACAUUUUGUCCCCAUACCGUAGGGUUUACCCCCCCCCACACACACACGCACACACUGAAUGGACAUUCACAACCCUUCAACAGCAAAGUUGAAGAAUCAUAUGAGAAAGUUAACUAGAUUCUUUCGUUGCUUUAUUUUCAGCUGGAUCCUUACACAUUCCAGUGUUUAACUGUAUUUUUAAGGAUAUAUAUUAAAUGUACAAAAUGUAAUUGCAUAUGGCACAAUUAUGAUCUGUUUAUUGUUAAAGAUUAUAAACAAGACUUUAUCAAAGAAAUGUCAGCUUUGGGGUACAUUGGGGUCGCUGACUCUAGUAAAAGUGUGUGUUUCUCACCUGCAUUAUAGCUGCUGGAAUCUGAGGAUCUUCUCCAUUGGGCAUCAUUGCGCGUCUGCAGUCUCUCUCUCUCUCUCUCUCUCUCUGCACAGGGGAUGGAUGUGGUCGGUGUGUGGUGUUUGCUGCUCGUGUCUGAGCUCUGUUGCUCUCAGUGGAUGUCAGGCGCACUGCGGGCUGCUGGAUGAUGAUGAUGAUGAUGAUGCUCAAUAAUCCGCCGGUGUUUCUCAGCAGCAUCACUGUGAUGAUGGUGAUACAGGACAACAUGCAUACAAACAAACAAACAAACAAACACGCACACGCACACGCACACACACAAUCACAGUGAUGUAACUGAUGUCUCAUGUUUCUCCUCGGCAUCAGUCUCAGUGUGAGUGUGAGUGUGAACGCGAUGGACACGACGAGGAUUUAUUUCAUCUCAUGAGAUAUAAAGCGGGAUCUGUUCAUCUUUCAUCGUUUUGGGAGAGAAGGAAGCCGUUUUCUUGUCAUCUCAUGCUCAGGAUUCACACUUCGGAUGGUGAAAAUGAAAUCUCGGGUUCCUCUUCAGAUUCUGCUGUACGUCACAGUCAUCAGAAGUCUGAAAGUGCUUUCAAAACGUGGCUCAGUGGACGGCUGUACCGACUGGUCUGUGGACUACCUGAAAUAUAAAGUUCUGCUUGGAGAGCCUGUGAGGAUUAAAUGUGCUUUAUUUUAUGGAUAUAUCCGUACAAAUUACACACACGCACAGAGUGCAGGACUCAGUUUGAUGUGGUACAAGAGCAUGGGUCACGGAGACUUCGAGGAGCCCAUUUCAUUUGACGGGAAUCGUAUGAGUAAAGAGGAGGACUCCAUCUGGUUCAGACCGGCCGAGUUACAGGACAUGGGACAUUACUCAUGUGUGUUGAGGAAUUCCACCUUCUGUAUGAAAGUUUCGAUGGUGCUCACUGUGGCUGAGAACGACACGGGUCUCUGUUACAACUCCAAAAUGAGAUAUUUUGAAAAGGCCGAGCUGAGUAAAGGUAAAGACAUCCUCUGUCCCGACAUCGACGACUACACGCAGCCUGGAAAAGAGCCCGAGCUGACCUGGUACAAGGAAUGCCGGCCGAAACACUGGAGGCAGACUGUGGUGAGGAAGGCCGACGUUCUGUCCAUUAAAGACGUGCGGGAAGACGACAUCGGGAAUUAUACGUGUGAAUUACAGUUUGGGAGUUUCGUAGUGAGGAGGACCACCGAACUGUCCGUGACCGCGCCGUUGACUGACAGGCCGCCCAAGAUCCUGGAGCCUCCUGAAAGUCAAAUGAAUGUUCUGGAGAUGCAGUUAGGCAGUCCCGCCAACCUGACCUGCAGAGCUUACUUCGGCUACAGCGGGGAUGCGAGUCCUCUCAUCUACUGGAUGAAGGGAGAGAAAUUUAUCGAGGACUUGGAUGAAAGCAGGAUCAGAGAAAGUGAAAUUAAGACAGUUCGCGAGCAUUUGGGCGAGCAGGAGGUGUCCAUCUCACUGACAUUAGAUGCUGUGGAGGAGAGCGACCUGGGAAAUUAUUCCUGUUAUGUGGAGAACGGCCACGGCAGACGGCAGGCCAACAUCCAGCUCAGCAAGAGGGCAGAGCUCAUGUACACAGUGGAGUUGGCAGGGGGUUUGGGAGCCAUUCUGCUGAUGUUGACGUUUCUGGUGUGCUUGUAUAAAUGCUACAGAAUUGAACUCAUGCUGUUCUACAGACGUCACUUUGGCAGUGAGGAUGUUGAUGGAGACAAUAAAGACUAUGAUGCAUACGUUUCCUACACUAAAGUGGACCCGGACCAGUGGUGUCAGGAAACCAGAGAAGAAGAGCGUUUUGCUUUGGAGAUUCUGCCAGAUGUUUUGGAAAAGCAUUAUGGGUAUAAACUCUUCAUUCCUGACAGAGACUUGAUACCAACUGGAAGUUUCAGAAAUGAUCAUCUUCAGGAUGAAACAAGACUCCUUAGAGCCUACAUCGAAGAUGUGGCUCGCUGCGUGGACCAGAGCAAGCGCCUCAUCAUCGUCAUGACUCCAAACUACGUGGUGAGACGCGGCUGGAGCAUCUUUGAGCUGGAUACACGUCUGCGCAACAUGCUGGUCAGCGGCGAGAUCAAAGUCAUUCUGAUCGAAUGCACUGAGCUGCGAGGAAUCAUGAAUUACCAGGAGGUGGAGGCUCUCAAACACACCAUCAAACUUCUGACGGUCAUCAAAUGGCCGGGACCCAAGAGCAGUAAACUCAACUCCAAGUUCUGGAAGCGGCUGCGGUACGAAAUGCCCUUUAAGCGGCCGGAACCCAAGCUGUCGCACGAGCAGGUACUGGACGUGAGUGAGCAGGGACCUUUCGGCGAGCUACAGACCGUUUCUGCCAUCUCCAUGGCCGCGGCGACAUCCACCGCCAUGGCGACCGCGCACCCGGAGCUGCGCUCCACUUUCCACAACACGUACCACACGCAGCUGCGACAGAAGCAUUACUACAGGAGUUACGAAUAUGACGUCCCAUCCUCCGGCACCCUUCCACCCCUGUCAUCGCUGGGCAACCAGCACACCUACUGCAACAUCCCCAUGACUCUACUGAAUGGCCAGCGGGCGCAGGGCAAAUCGCCCCGCGAGCAGCAGCCGGGCGUCGAGGAGCCGCACAUGAACAAUGUCAUGCUGCCGCUGUUGCCCCGGGAAACCAGCAUUUCCAGCGUCAUCUGGUGACAUCAUCAGGAAGACGCUAAACUUUAUUGGCACUUAAUAAAAGCAAACAAAAGGACGCUUUUGACUGCUGCUGCUGUUGGAUGUGCACCACGGAGUUUUGAACUUGAUAAUACUCGACCAGUGCGGAGGAUGAAAUGACCCAGAUUUUCAUUCUCACACACACUUCUAUACUGUAGGAAUACAGGGUCUUGUACAUAUUUUGCAGUUUCUUUGUAGCAUUGCAAUUUUUUUAGUUAUGGUGUUUGGUUUUCAUUUUGACACUUGUACCAUUUCAACUUUUAUAUGGAGUUUUCCCCUGGGACUGAAUUGAGACUUAGUAACGAAUUACCUAUUGUGCUUUGCUCUUGACUUGAUAGUUUGAAAUGAUAUUUUUUUUAACCAUUGUAGGAUUUGUGGCAUUGUGAUGCUUUCUUUAAAUUAGAAACCUUUUGUUAAAGAAAAAAAGUUAUUUAUUUUUUGCUGUCAAUUGAUGAGAUUUAUUCACUUUGAAGAAAAAUGUCAUUAUGCAAAUGCUACUGAGGCCUAAAGCUCGAAUUCUUCCUGAAUGAAGGAGCGAGCAGAUGGGACACGUCUCUCUGCUGCUCUGUGUUUCUCUCUCAUGAAACUUUCUAGUAAAAAGCUUUGCUGUAAGCUUCAUGGAGAGUCAUAUCAGCUUAAGAAAAACAAAAUUGUAUAUUAUUUUCAAGUAAAAACUAUAUUUUUGUAACAAAGAGUUUGCUUGGCAAGACAUACUUCAGUCACAUUUCGUUCAAUUCAAACAUAUGGGGAUAGUUUGAGCUCAUUGAUUGAUGGGUAAACUGACAAAAGUAUUGACAAAAGUUUCUGCAAUAUUCUGAGGAAUCUGGGAGAAUGAAUAUUUGUGUGUUUAAACUUCCCCACGACAAUGACCAUGUUUACAUGGACAACAAUAAUCCGAUAUUAACAGGGUUAAGACAAUACUCUGAUUAAGAAUGGACUAUGUAAACAGAGUUUUUUGAUUAGCUUAAUCCGUCUAAACUCAUAAUGGUAGUAAACACAAAUGGAAUUAAGAUGGGUGGGGUACUCCUAUUUUAGUGGCAUUAUCGAAGUGCGGUAUAGACAUGUACACAGCUUAAUUGCACUAUUACUGGCGCGUAGGAACUUUCGCGGCACUUUGCGACAGGUUACACACACGCACGGCAGUGGACAGCCAUUUCGUUUUAUGGCAAACAACAUGGCUUCAAGCAAGAAAGCACAUUUUUGAUUUGAACGGGAAACAAGAAAGAUGCCAACAAUUCUAUAAAAUAAAUGAAACACCAAAAACUGUAUGUUGUACCAUGCCGAAGACGAACUGUUUGUUGAUACAUGAAAUUGUGGAGGGAACAUCUAACGGUGUCGCUUAGGGACGUAAUGAUGUAUGCCAUUAAUCCAACUAUGUAGUUUAACAUGUAAAACGGGAACAUGAGAGGUAUAUUCUUAAAGCAACUCAUGUAAACACCUUAAUCGAAAUAUUAGCUUACUCAGAAUAAGGCAAAUAAUUUGAUUACUGACGUCCAUGUAAACGUGGUCACUGAGGUUUAAACAUGCGUUCAAUGUAUAAUAGAAAUAUCUUUAUAUUUACAGACGCAUUUCACAAGUUUUGAUGAAAAUGUAUGUCUCCAGAUGAUGUCUUGAUUUCUUCACUGCAUAUUAAGACCUGUUAACCUCCACUGUAGUGCCUCCAGCUGCUCCACACCUACAGGUUUAAAACCACAUUCGCUCAAUUCCUGUUUCUAAGGCAAUGCCGUGACAUCACUUACUGUCUGCAGCUCAUCAGCACAAAGCUUUUCACAUUAGGUUUGUUAUUAGAAGCAACAGACCUGCGCUGAUUUUUUUAAUGAGCCAAACCUGUGUUAACGUGUGCUGUUCUUAUUUUUUAAUUCAAAUGAACAAAGUGAAUUUUAAGGACAAGUGUGUCACAAAAGGGUCCCUCACACACCUGAUAUGUGCUGAACAGCCCAGGCAUUUGUUUUUAAAUGCUCCCCAUUAGACAACAUACCAAAGCCUCACGUUCAAUGCAAGGCUUUACAUCAAUAUCUUACUGCGACGUGUUAUCUAAAUAAAACCAAAGUUGGCAAACAGUGAGCUAGAGUUGGUGAAAUGCAUUGAAUAGGGAAAUGAUAAUCCUCAACCUCAAAAACACAGCAAAGCAGUACCAAUAUCUCUAGAGCAACAGAAUUUUGUUUGCAGACUGUCGUGUGUUGCUCACAACGUUCAUUUUAUCAGUAGUGCCAAAAACUUGUUUUACUCUAAAUAACAGACAAUAUGCAAAAACAUGUAAGCUGCUUGUCUGAUGAGAGGCAUGACCCUGUUUUUUUCACCAUGUCUGCAUUUCACCCUAAAGCCACAAUCCCAGAUUUCCAGUUUGUCAGUAAACGUUUCGAAUUUGAUGGUGCUUUGCUUCUCUCAGAAAUAUCGAUCUGUUAGAAGCCUGCAAUCAUUGUUCUGGGAGAGCACCAAUCAGAAUAUGUACAUUAUUUCAUUCAUUUGUGUUUCUUGUAUUUUAUGACAUUCUGUAAAUACUAAACGAUGGUAAUAAGAUAAAGACAAUCUAGCCACAUCCAUGAACAAACCAAUGUUUUCUGACAUCAUUCUGAUCAAAACAAUAAUAAGAACAAUUAUAAUAAUAUAGAGCACAGAAAUUGUCUCUGGCACUUUCACCAAUCUUACACUAAAGAUUAGGGUUCUGUUUGUCUCCUAUUUCUCAAUUUUUCUCAAUUUUUUUAUGUACCUGCAAUGUCACAGAGAUAUUAUUAUUAUUAUUAAUAACAAUAAAAU